CUCAGAUGCAAGCAGAUAGAAGUCGUUUUCUCUCUUCUCUUGCAAUCACACCGACUUUCGAGGAUCAUUACUUGCUAAAUACUUAGCUUUGCUUUCAACAUUUUAUCCUUUUCUCCAGUUGUUGGAAGAGGUUUCUCAACGUUGACGAUUGGGACAAGGCAUCUUCUAAUCAUCACCUUCAUUCCAGUCAUCUUGGAAGAUAUUUGGAAAUCUUCCCACUGCAGAACUUCUGAAAGGACUGGACACUGGGUGAUAUCUAAUUACCAUCUCUCCUAUAUCUGUUAAACUUUUCAAAAAAAUUGCAUUGCUUUACUGAACUGAGAAUUUGACUUUCUUGUAUGUUACUGCCAGAAUUGUAGAUUGUUUACUGAGUUGUAUGAAAGUGCUCUUAACCAAACAGCAUAGAGAGAAAGGUUGCAUGCAGGUUUGCCACCUGGGAAAACCAUUUCUUGCCGACUAUCUCAUUAACGAUAACUUUUUUCAUAUUACAUUUUUAUAUUUUUGAAUUGUGAACCCAAUAAUACUUUUACAAUUCAUAUUUGAUAAAUUGUAGCUAAUUGUAUCCAAUUGUGACCAUGGCGGCAAGCAUGGCUCUUAGUGGCAUCGGAGCACCCGCUCUCUCUGUGCCUGAAAAAACUGUGGCUCUUCAGAUUGGUACUUGUAGUCCAGCAGAAAUGUUGGACAGAGUCAGAAAGACACAAGUGUAUAUUCUUUCUGGGGUCUCUAGACAGGUUGAGAAUGAGCUGAAAGGGUUCAAGAGGUCAGUACAGAGGUUAAAUUCUAACAUGCAUUAUGAUUCCUCAGUUGUUGGGAUUCAGAGGUGGAAACGUUCCAUCAAGUCUUGUUUGUUGAGAUGUCAAGAUACUUUAGUCAACUUAGAGAGGUGGAUGAAGAGGGAGAUGAACUCUUGGAGGGGUGUUUUCUCCCGUUUUGAAAAAAUGGUUAGCAAAGCUGAUCAAAACUUGUGUAGGACAUGUAAGAUGGAAGAGAAGCACAGGUGGUCUUUCUAUGGAGAAAAAAGUGAGAAAGAAAAAGAGGCCGAUGCCAAUCAGGAGAUUGUUGAUCCUUAUGCCCCCAGCCCACCAUCUUCUCCACCUCCACCUCCACCACCACUACCAGCACAAUCUUGCCACCCACAUCACUGGGUUGUCAUCUCAGUUGAUAUCCUUUCUCCUCCUGAGUUUGAUGCUGGAAUGUCAGAAGAUCCUCGUGAGUUUUUAGUGAACCUAGAGAAGUUCUUUAAGCGUAGUGGGUGGAAUGAAAAAGUUUGGCUAUCUCAAGUAGACAACCACUUGAAAGGGGCAGCCAAGAAGUGGUGGGAAUAUAGGCAGGAGACAGUAGAAAGUUGGCAUGACUUCAAAGUUGCCUUCUUGCAAUACUGUGAAAGGAUAGUUGUUAGAGAAGCAAUCAAGAGGGACUUAGAUCUUCCUCAAAGACGUUGGGAACCUCUAGAGCAAUUUGUGUGGAAGAAAAGAGCCUUGUACCAUAGACUCUAUGUUGAUGCUAAUGAGGAGGACAUGAUCCGUUACAUUAUUAGUACGCUACACCCAGAGAUCAAGCGCUUCCUCAAAUCCCCCCUCCCCAAGACUAUGGAUCAGCUAGUGCAAAUGGGGAAGGAAAUCCAGUUUGAUUUUGAGCAGUCAGAGAAGCAAACCCUUAAGGCAGCUUACUCAGAUGAGCAAAUUAGCACCAAGUUGAAUGUCAUUGUCACCAAGGAUCCUUAUGAUAGCAAUAGCAUAGUCACUGAGAAAUCAAGCUACAUAGAAGGAUAUUAAGCAGGAAACUUUGGUUAUUUGAAGAGAAAUUAAUGCUCUUGAAUGAAAACUUUUUAGACUUUCAAGGUAAAAGUCAAUUUAGACUCGGCACUUGAGGGAAAGUUGUAGGUUUUCUGUAAGGUGUUGCUAGAAAGUCAAGGCAUAAGGUGAAUUUGAAAACGAGAUUUUCUCCUCAUAGAUACAAGAAAUUAUAGGAGAUCUAAGCAACUCAAACGCAAAUACAAUACACAAUGUAUAGGUUUUCUCAUGGGAACAGGACAUAUUGCCCUUCAUGUAGCUAGGACUUAAGCAGUAAUUGCUUUCUAUGACCACAUAGAGUAAAUGGAACCAUGGAAAAGUUAGUGAAUUGUCACCAGAAUCUGGUGUCACAACUUUUGUGGUGCAAAUAAACAAAGCAAAAAAUACAAUAUCAGUAA